GAGCCCAAAGGUGAGCAAAACUGAAAAGUGAAGCUGUCGACUGAACUAAAGCUAGUCUUCAGACGAGAAAAAGGUGUGUUUCCUCAACGAGAGCUACGAUAUCUGAGCACUUACUGUUUGAAAACAACCAACAGUGGUUUAAUAGCAUUGCUGUUUACUGUAAACACACUAAAAAAAAAAAAAAAAAAAAAAAAAAAAAAAAAAAAAAAAAAACAGAAAAGAAACACCAGCUCAAUAGGUGGCGGUAAAAACAUCAUUAAGCUCGUUACCAGAAAAAAGAAGAAGUCGCUUAGUGUCGAUGCAAUUUUCCUGCGACGUACCCUAGCCAACUUUAGCUGGCUUCACAACGGCUUGUGAUGGUGGGUGGGGGAAUACUCGGAAAUUAAAAUGCUCAAAAAGAAGUCUGUUUGCACGGAAAAGAAAAGGAAACACUCGCAGUCUGAAGAGCGCCAUGACAGCAGGAAACGCAGGAGUACGGAGUCCAGCGUGGAGCAGGACUCUAAGGACGAGCUAGCCGAUCCUGAGCUGGACAAGAUUGGCAGUGACAUUGAGGAAGGCGGACUGGACCUCAACAUGCCCUUCCAGCCCAUCAGCGCCUACGUCGCUGACAGGAGAGAGAUGUUGCAGCAGUGUUUCCACGUGCUGGGCGAGAAGAAGCUGCAGAAGAUGCUGCCCGAUGAACUCAAGGGUUGCAGUUUGGAGGAAAUCAAGAAGCUGUGUUGGGAGCAACUGGAACAAAUCUCUGAAAAAAAUCUCAUUCAGAUCCUGGGAGGGGAAGAGCUGACUGCAGGAAAUGACAAUGAAAGCACGGAAGCGACUGUGGAAAACCAGCAAGACAAUAACGUGGACUCUACGUCUUCGCUGAAAGAGAAUGCUAAAAGUGAGGAUCCUAAGCAAGAGGGCGGUGGCUCAGGCGAGGAGAGCGACGUGCUAAGCAUCAAUGCAGACACUUGUGAUAGUGACAUCGAGGGCCCCAAAGACGACCAGGCUGCUAAAACUGAGGAUGGGACAGUGAAAGUCGCGGUCAUCGCUGGAGAAUGCACCAACCCAGCUGCAAACCCUGACCCAGCAAACAGAGAGAUUCCCACGGACAGUCAGCCACUGGAAGGAAAGAAAGAUAUCCAACAGGACAUUGACAAAAGUGUUAGUGAGAUUUUAGCGUUCUCAUCCACUUCGGUCAAAGAGGAAGCUAAAGAACUUGGGACGUCGCCACAGUCGGCAGCUGCAGGUUUACCUGUUCAAGGUGGAGCGGCCUCAAGUCAGGCACCAGCAGUAUGCCAGCCCUCUGUUCAGCAGCUGGAACUCCUAGAGCUGGAAAUGAGAGCGAGGGCCAUCAAGGCUCUGAUGAAAGCCAGCGAUGGGAGAAAGCCCUGUGGAGACAAAAAAGUCUCCACAUGACUUGUUUCAUAUUGGAUUUUUUUCUUCAUGUACCAUUUAAUUGAAACUUUAAUCUAGAGACAGCCUAUAUUUUCUUUGAAUGAUCCAUGUUUAAUUGUACAACAUGGCUGUUUUUUCCCUCUGACUUUACCUCUGAAUUUAACAUUCAGAAAGUUUAGUGUUACAAGUCCAUAUUGGAAUGAUUUAAAGGAAUUAAACAAAAUAUUCAUCAUCGCAUUCCACUAAACGUUGUAUAAAUCCUGGAUUCAAAAAUAGGCCUGUUGUAUUUUGGCUACGUGAACAUAUUUGGACAUUUUGGUCUUUUGGAAUGGCUAAGAAAAGGGGCAGAGCUUUGUGUGUUUCCCAGUCUGAUCACUAGAUGGCAAUGUUACUCUACCAUAAUAUGGCAAAUGCAUCUUAAGGAGGAUCAGAGAUGGUUUCUUUGUCACUCACUUUACAGUAAAAUUUGUCAUGAGCAGCAUGACAGUAAAGUUUCUGUGGUAAUGCUAUAAUUUCAGAGUUAAAUACUUUCCAGGCACAAAAUCAACCAUAUAAGUUUAACCAAUUAUUCCAUAAUAUGGCGCUGGACUUUGACCAGGUAGUGUUGGUUCUUUAGUGGUGGAAGUUAUUCUUGAGUCCAUGUUGCAGGGUAUGAACAUACGGGCAGUUUUCUGCUGUCAUUUGCAGAGACUAUUAUUUUGUCCCAUGGUGGAGCUAUGGGCAUAUGAGCUCUGGGAAACUGAUGGUUUCACACGUCAGGUUGAUGCAUAGGACCAUAAUUUACAAAAACAGAUAAAUGCCAUUCCUGGUGGGAAAACAACGUAUGUAAUGCCUCACAAAACAUACUUUCUUAAUCCCAACUUUUGUCGCAAAAGCCAGUAUUGUCCAUGCAGUAGCCUAGUAUGAUGUUUUUGAUUGGUAUUAUCUGAAAGAAAAAAAAGCAUGGCUUAUAGGAACAAAUAAAAUUGGAAAUAUCUGUUUUCAAACCAGGUCUUAAUUUUCAGUGCACAGCCUGUCAGGCCUCCCAGGGUUAACUUGUGUAUAAAACAGAUGUUUCAUUUUUUCCUUUCACAGUACAGUCAGCAAAGAGACUUCCAUAUUUUGCUAAGAGGCAAAUUAAUGAUGAAUAAAACUUCAUGUUUGGCUGAGCAAACCAACAAAAGGUUUCCUUGGCUUUAUAGACAAAAAACAGAAAUCCCACAAUGAAAUACAUCUGAGGUAAUUGGACUAGCUGUCCUCACCUAUAGAUCAAGUAAAAGAACCUGCCAAUUUCAUCCACUAGAGUAGCUUUUAAAUUAAUUUCUGCUUCCUCUGCCUCUCUGCGGUGACUAGAAUUAAUAGCAUCCUCUCACCUAAUGUUUUAGUGUUUUUGCUAUAAUUUAUUCUGAAGCUACUUUGUUCUGGUAAACUGGAAGGUUGCGGUGUGUGCAAUUACAUGCAGAUGCGGAGCAAAACACUCCUCUACCCCCCACCCUUAGGGUGACAAUGAAAUGUACGAUAAGCAGCCAAAUGCCUCUCGGGUAUUUGCAUUUAAAAGGGUUUUUUUGGGUGGGAGGAUGUGGAGAGGUGGGGGGGUAAACGCAUCAUAGUAUAUGCAUUAACGAGCAGAUCUUUUUAUUCAUUGAUUUCAAGGGGAAAAUCACCACUUAAGUAAAAAGGGAUACAAAAAGACCGAAGUGCUCAUGGUGUCUGUGAUUAAUGAGUGUUUGUCGGUGUCAUUUCCCAGCAUUAGAAUGUGAGUUAUUAUUUGGGAAGAGCAGAUAAAUGGCUUGACAGUCAGAACUUGAAACAAGUAGACUGAGAAAUGGGUUUGAUGGAGCUGAGGCGAUACUGUUUAGGUGAGGGAGUGCUGGGUAGCUGAAGGAAGCUGAAUGCCUGCCUGAAUGCAAAUGUCUUGUUGAAUAUCAAGCGUUAGCUCAGGAAGCUUCCAGCUUAAAGUCAUGAGGGUGCCUUUUCCUGUAGAUCCAAGUUAAAGUUUUCAUGUGUGACACCCCCAAGAAUGACCAAAGACAAGAUGAUGCUUUGGGUAGGGCUGGGAGAUAGAUCAACAAUAUUAUGUCACUAUUGUGGUAUGACAAUAAAUAUUGUUUGGGAUUUUGUAUAUUGAAAUAUCAAGAUAUGGCAUGAGAAUUGUUUUCUGAACUUAAUAGGUUGUUCCAACUGGUUUGUUAUUUGCCUCUACAUGCUUGGUCAUUGUAUUCACAUUACUAAUAAUUUAUUACCAAAAAUACCUUGUGUGUAAACACCUUCUGAAAGCACCAAUAGUCAUCCCUACAAUACGGAUAUUUAACUAUCAGGUCAAAGAUAUCCUCAUUGAUAUUUUGUCUGUAUUGCCCAGCCCUGGUUCUAGUGCCAACAUGUUAAUGCGCUCUAACUGCUGUUUUUCCUCAGUUUUCUGAUAAAUGCGUCCAGACAGUUGAGUAACAGUAAUUAAAGCUGUUUUCGGUUAUGAAAUAAAAUUGUUUGAUGUCUCA